CUGGUCUCAUUCCUGACCCGUCGUCUCGUGCGUCUCUCAUCAUGUCUCUGUGGAAGAGAAAGUUUCAGAUCUCCACCAGACGUAAGAGGAAAGCUCCCGAGGCAGAGAAGACAGAAGUGCUGAGUGAUGAUCUGCUGCAGGUGGAGAAGCGUCUGGAGCUGGUUAAGCAGGUGUCUCACAGCACUCAUAAGAAGUUGACUGGGUGUCUGCAGGGUCAGCAGGGUGUGGACGUGGACAAGCGCUCCGUCCGCUCGCCUUCAGUAAGUCACACAGUCAGAAAGCUUCCUCUGACGUCUCUGGCUCAGUGUCUGGUGGAAGGAGCCGCAGUGCUGGGUGACGACUCUCUGCUGGGGAAGAUGCUGAAGAUCUGUGGAGAGACGGAGGACAGACUCGCUCAAGAACUUCUGCUGUUUGAGCUCCAGAUCGAGCGAGACGUCGCUGAGCCGCUCUUCACUCUCUCUGAGGUUGAAAUUCCCAACAUUCAGAAGCAAAGAAAACAUUUAGCCAAACUCGUACUGGACAUGGAUUCUGCUCGCACACGGUGGCAGCAGUCAUCCAAAUCUUCAACGCUGACUAAUAAGGACACGCCCACCGGGGCCAAAGCCGACGCCCUCAGGGAGGAGAUGGAGGAGGCGGCCAAUCGCAUGGAGAUCUGUAGAGAUCAGCUCUCGGCGGACAUGUAUAGUUUCGUGGCCAAAGAGAUUGACUAUGCAAACUACUUCCAGACGGUGAUCUACAUUCAGACCAACAAACAAAGUAAUUCUAUCUACCCGCACCAGAACGUUCUGCCACAGAUUAAAGCGCAGCAGGAGUCGUGGGUGGAGAAGCCGUGUUACGGGAAACCGUUAGAAGAGCAUCUGACUCUGAGCGGGAGAGAAAUCGCCUUCCCCAUCGAAGCGUGUGUGACCAUGCUGCUGGACUGCGGCCUACAGGAGGAGGGUUUGUUUCGAGUUGCUCCGUCUGCCUCGAAGCUGAAGAAGCUGAAGGCGUCUCUGGACUGCGGCGUGCUGGACUUUCAGGAAUAUUCUGCAGAUCCUCACGCCAUCGCAGGCGCUCUGAAAUCAUACCUGCGGGAGCUGCCCGAACCCCUGCUGACCUUUGACCUGUAUGAGGACUGGAUUCAGGCAUCCAGUAUUGCGGAUCAGGACAAGCGUCUGCAGGCGUUGUUAUCGACCUGUGAGAAACUUCCUACAGCGAACAGCAACAACUUCAAGUAUUUGAUUAAAUUUCUUUCCAAGCUGAACGAGUAUCAGGAUUACAAUAAAAUGACGCCAGGAAACAUUGCCAUCGUUCUGGGGCCAAACCUGCUGUGGGCGCAUACAGAGGGGAACAUGACGGAGAUGAUGACCACCGUCUCGCUGCAGAUCGUCGCCAUCAUUGAGCCGCUCAUCCAGCAUGCUGACUGGUUCUUCCCUGGAGAGAUUGAGUUUAACGUGACGGGAAACUACGGCAGCCCCGUCCACACCAAUCACAACGCCAACUACAGCUCCAUGCCGUCGCCGGACUUGGACCAAUCAGAUCGCAGGCAGCAGGACCAGAGCCGACGCCCCCUCAGCGUCGCCACCGACAACAUGAUGCUGGAGUUCUAUAAGAAAGACGGCAUUAGGAAAAUCCAGAGUAUGGGAGUGCGAGUGAUGGACACCUCCUGGGUUGCUCGCCGGCUCCCCUCCUCCUAAUAUCUCAACAACUCCUCCACACCCCCCAGCCUCCAUCCGACCCCUCAUAACCUUAAACCCGAGCAGCCUGACGAUGUCUCCGCCUCCCCCUCACAGACUCCGCCCCCCAUCAGCGGCGAUAGGACCAGCUCUGACGAGGCGUCAUCCAAUCGCUCGGACUCCUGUCUCGUCUGCCCCUUCCCUGAGGAGGAGCGUCCACCCCCUCCGUACCCGUUCCCUGUCUCUUCCUCCUUCUCCUCCUCUUCCUCGUUCUCUGUCCCUCACCCUCGAGUGCGUCCCGAAUGCGUUCCUCCCUCGGCGUUCAGCCGCUGGUCCGUGUACAGCCCUCCGCCUCCGCCCCUCCUGUCCUCCAUCUCUCUAGACAUCAACUCCAACCCCAAACCCAGCGUCCUGCACCUGUCCAAGCAGGGCUCUCUGCCCGCCGAGCCGUCCCUCCCGCACGCACCCGUCUACAUCAAACCCCCGCUCGCUCCCUGCCUCUCCACCCUCAGCCCUCAUUCUGCUGCGCCGCUGUGGGCCGCCUGCAGCCGAGAGAGGGGACUCAGAGUGCCUAGCACUCAGAAGAAUAAGGAGCCCUCGCCUGUGAUUGGUCAAAGAGGCAUUUCACCAACAGCUCCCUCUGCUGGACAGAACCAGCUUUCAGACCAGAGUCCUCUCACGCUGCGCAAAGUUUCCAAAAAGCUGGUCCCCAUCCCUCCUAAGGGUCCGUAUUCUCCGUCCAGCUGUGUGUCGGAUCUGUCUCCGGGUCCGUCUCCGGUCAGUCUGUCCCCGACGCCCCCCAGCACCCCGUCCUCAUACAGCUUCAGUUACCCUCAGGGCGGCUCCGUCCUCACCUCACCUGGACACAACCACAGCCAGACGCUCUCGUCCCCGCCGCCGCUCGCCAGCACGCUGCCCAGAUCACGGCCCAUGCCCAAACCCCCCCGCCAGAGACCCCACCUGCCCCCGCCGCAGCCCCCGCAGCCGCUGGAGCACACGCCAGGCCUGAUGGACAUGCUGUCACCCGGAGAGAGCAUGUCUACAGACUCGUGCUGUGAUUCGGACGUUCCCAUAAUAAGCGUUGAACUGGACGGGAGAUACAGGAACUCUGUGGAUCUGCCGGAGUCGGAGGAAGAGGAGUCGGAGAGCACCGCCCUUUGACCCCUGGGAUUACCCACAAUCCUUUACUCCCUCCCUUCACCGCACAUGUGACGUUGUAUUGUCCAUGUGAUCCUCAGCACUGAGCCACAGACAGGAUCUGAAGCGCGGAUCACGUCACUGUGCCGUUCCAUUCCCGUCUGCUUUGUGUUUUUUAUGUUUUACGUUUUUCCAUGUGGUUGGUUUUCUAUUUGCCUUAUCUGAGUUCUUGCACUUUUGCCUUGAAGUUCGUGUUAUGUGUGUUCGGGUCGCGGCUGCGUGUAGAAAAUCACACCGAAACCUUGUUGUGUGUAAACCCAGACUAGCAUUCACCUACUGUACAAACGGAUAUUAUAUACAUCAUAUAUAUUAUAUGAUACUGAUAUACAUAUCUGAGACGAG